AUGAGACGAGACUCACUCGUUUUGCCGUUGUUGAAGCGUCUUCUCUUUCAGAAUAGUUUUAGUAGUAGUGGUGGUAGUACUCGUGGUGCGUUGCCUCCAUCGUCCAUCGUUUUUACGCGUCGACGAGGACAACAAAAACGAUUCCUCGUCCAAACGGCGGCUGAUGAUGGGAAAGAAAAUGUCAUCGAAACAGAGCUAAAAUCCACCUGCGAUGCACGCAUCAGAGGGGGUUCGUCGUCUCCUCACUCAAAAGGAAAAGCAAUAAACUGGAUCGUUUUGGGCAUGCCGGGUGUUGGCAAAGGCACGUACGCGAAAAUUCUCUCCAAAACUAUGGACAUCGAGCACGUUUCCGCGGGGGAUUUAGUGCGAGAGGAAAUCGGGAGGAAAACGGAUUUAGGGAAAAAAAUGCAAAACAUCGUCAACUCGGGCCAACUGUUACCGGACGAAAUGGUGGUCGAUGCGGUGAUUAAGAAGAUAACGAUGCCAAAAACGAAAGCGAGCGAACGCGGGUUUUUACUGGAUGGGUUUCCGAGAACUAUAGCGCAAGCGGAGAGAUUAUCGGAAACGGUUCCAGUGGACGUCGUUUUGAACUUUACGCUGGAGGAGGCGAUUUUGGUCGAGAAGGCGUGCGCGAGGAGGAAAUGCGGGGAGUGCGGGAAAGGGUAUAACGUGGCCGAUAUCGAUUACACGACGAAAGAUGGGGUGAGGAUAAUCAUGCCGCCGUUGUCGCCGCCGGAAAAAUGCGUGGGGAAGAUGACCAUGAGAGACGACGAUAAGGAGGAGACGGUGCGAGCCCGAUUGGAAGCGUUCAAGAGGCAAAGUUUGCCGGUAGAGGACUGGUAUAGAAAGAAAGGAAUGUUGAGCGAGUUUGAGAUUUUAGGGGGGAUACCAGAGACGACGCCAAGAUUGAUGCGGUUCUGUUUAGAGGAGAUGAAGAAGAGUAGUGCGUAG